CAUGGAUCGAGCCGCUUCCAUCUUCUACCGAUUCCAGGCGGCUGACCCCAGCGCAGCGGCGGAAGUCCUCAACGGUUUGGCAGGCUCGGGAGACCCUAGUGACAGCCGCCUUCUCGGUUUUCUCCUCGAGUGGGUUCUUGAGAGGGAUCCAGAUGCAGGCUCGAACCUCAUACGUUUGUAUGACGGUCCCAGAUUCUUCCGGCCGUCUGCCGUUGCGCGUCAAUCCACGAGCGCUAGUUUGGGCUACCUGAAUGUUACGAAUGCCGGCUCUUUUCUCAUACUCUCCAACCUGUUCGCAAAAGCAUGGGCAAUCGUCAUCAGCGGUGUGUCAUUAUCGCGCUUCGUUAUCCCCAAUGAUAUUGACAAGGUCUUCAUAGUACUGGAAUUACUAUUCCCAGGAACCUUACGCGAAAUUCGAGAAUGGGUGGCUGCAGCGCAACUUUA